AUGCUGUCCCGCCUGUCACUCAGACACACGGUUCUGUCACGACAGAGGAUUUCCAUUGAACACACUGGACUUAUGUUGACCAGCCCAAUUAAUUCCCGGAGCCGUCAAGGAGCUCCAGCAGCUUGGCUCAAACAGCUCAUAGACGACGACAGUGCUCCCCCAAAGCUCUUCGCAUGGACAACAGCUAACCUGUCGCCUGGGUCCACCCCGCUGUCAAACGACAAUACGCGUCUGAAGUCCCAGUCGCACACAACACCCUUGGAACGCAUAUAUAUACUAGGAAUUGGGAACCUUGGGCGCCUAUUUGCCAGCAGCCUGGCUAGACUCCCAAAGAAGCCGCCAAUUACUUUGGUUGUCCACCGCAAGUCGCUGCUGGAGCAGUGGGCGUCAUCCCCUGGCAUUGAAAUCACACGACAUGGGAAAGUUGAACGCACCUCGGACUUCGACGUGGAGUGGUGGACUCACGAAAAGCCGCCAGCGGGUCCGAUACUAGAACCGACUUCCGGGGCUGGCAUCACAAAUCUCAUCGUGGCCACCAAGGCUUCUGAUGCCUUGCCUCAGGUUGAUAGGUUGAGGGGGUACUUGGGCAGAGACUCGACAGUCACAUUUGUUCAAAAUGGAAUGUGCAAGCUCUGGCCGCCAAUGGGAGAUCUCUAUCUUCACCAUCGAUUCCCCGACCUCAGCGGACCUAGCUGGGUCGCAUGUGUGACUACACAUGGAGUAACCUCAUUGGCUCCUUUCAAAAGCAUCCAUGCGUCUCCGGCCAACGUGUCCGUUGGACCAGUGUCUCUGAACCCAGAAUCUGGAGGCAGUGCGCAGUAUCUUAUGAAUCAGAUCGCGGACGCCCCGGAUCUCUCCGGCCAGAUCGUGUCCAAAGCAGACCUGUGGGUCCUGCAGUUAGAAAAGCUCGUGGUCAACUCAACUAUCAACCCGCUGACCGCGAUUCUCGGGUGCAAGAACGGAGAGCUGUUUAUCGACCGCGAAGAUAGACUCCCUCUGAUCAUCAAGACACUUGUUCAUGAAGCAGGUCUCGUUCUGACCAGUCUGGUCUCGGACGUGUCCAGUGCUGAUAUCCUCAAUGACGAAUCAAACGGUUCGCCGUUGCAUAGUAGGGAGGGGCCCAGAGAUGCCCUAAUCCAACGACUUUCCUCUACCAAUCUCCUCACCAUGUUGUAUGAAGUGGGCUACAAGGUCAGAGAGAACACAAGCUCAAUGCUGCAAGACGUACGUGCCGGUAAGAAGACAGAAAUCAGGGAUUUCAAUGGCUGGCUCGUGGAAACUGCCAGGUUUCUGGAUCUGGGCUCAGCGGUACCUACUCAUGAAAAACUCAUCAAGCUCGUCGAAAAUGGAGCCUCACUGUCCAGAGACGAGCUCUGUGAUAAGUUGAUCAGCAGUAGCCAGUAA